UCGAUUCCGGUCUUCACGUUCCCGGCGAAGGAUGACCGGCGACACCGCCCGAAGACCCCCACCUCUCACCACAACCCAGUGGUCGUGUGUCCGGAGAUCAAGAUAUCUCCGGCCGAGUCCUACGAAAGAGUGGACAGUUAUGUCUCGUCGCUCGUCGAGGACGAGGGCAUUGAAUGCGAACUCGAUUUCAUAAAACGGGAAUCGAAACAAUCGCUGAGAAACGUGCCGAAGAGCAGCAGUUAUAUGUCGUUUGAGAUGCACUCCCGGCCCGACCCCUCAUUCGGGAGGACUGGGAGCCGACACGAGCUCCGGGAGUCCGGCACCGGCGCUAAGAAACUGAGAAAAAAGCUAAUCUCAUCGCCGACUCACUCGCUCGAAGACUUCACGACAGAGACGACGAGUCGGAGGUCGGGGACUGGCCAUAGCCUACGGGCGCCCAAAAUCAGGCGCAACCCCUCGUGGCCAGCGGUCAUGAUAUCACCGAACAGUACCUCCUCUUCGGAAUACGAAGAGAAUCGGAGCCUAAAGCAGACGACGAGCGGCCAAAAGUCGGCCAAAAAGUCCACGUAUUUGACGACAAAAGUGAAAAAACUGCACAAAAGGCGACUUAAGUCACGGUCGAGACCGCAGCUCGAGAGCAGCCUAUCGGUGAACAGCUGUCCCAUCAGUAGCGACAAUAGGCUGUCCGCCCGGUCAGCGAAUAGUUGGUUCCACUCGUCAUCCCGUUCCUCGUCAACGGAGUCGUUCCUGUCCUCAGCCAAUGACGACGAGACGACUAUUAUCUCGCAAAUCAGGCCUAAGAAGAAACACAACUCCAGUCAGAGUCUGUGUUAUGAGCCGUCUGUCUGUGAUAUAUUCAACGCCGGCGCCGAUUACCCCGAUUAUAAUGACCUCAAUUCAGCACAACUUCACCCGAAACAGGCCAUCGCUUCCAUAUCCGACACCGCCUUACAUAAGGCUAACAAUAGCAGUUCAUUGGAAACGUCUUCGUCGUCGUCGAGGAGACGAUCCAAACGGACGAUACAUAAGCAGAAGGCUAUGCAAGAGGACGACCACAUUUUCGACUCAUUUCUCGAUAAACAGGUUCUGUUGGAAAGAAGUUGAGUCCAGACGUGAGAACUCAAGCACUUCUUCAAGUGAUUCGUCUGAAUGUCUUAAUGUCUUGAAAAUGGUGGCCAACCAGUGAUCACCCAUUCAUUGUGUAUAUAAGAGUUGACAACAAUUUUUUUUGUAUUAAAUUUAUUGUCACUUUAUUUUGUAUUAAUAAUGAAAUAAAUUACAAUAAAAAUCUCUGAUAUCCUGGUG